AGCGAAGUCUCGCGAGAUCUGGCGGUAGCUGCGGCGGCGGCGGCGGCGGCAGCAGCAGCGGCCCGGGAGGUUCAUAAUAAAGGUGCUAAGGAAGAGAAUGUAAGACAGGACAAUACAUAUUUUUAUUGAGGUAGAAACUGUAUUCCUGUGAGUUGGACAAGGAACCUGAGAUACAGAAAGGUUUCAACAGGUCACGUCUGAGAAGUGUCUCGUACUUCCUGUUGCCAGUGGCUGGAACAUGAUGGAUCACACAGGGGCCAUAGACACAGAGGAAGAGCUGGGUCCUCUAGCCCACCUUGCACCAAGUCCUCAAAGUGAGGCUGUGGCUCAUGAAUUCCAGGAGCUCUCUCUACAGUCCAGUCAGCACUUACCCCCUCUGAACGAACGCAAGAAUGGAAGUAUAGUGUUUGGGGAGUCAGGACUCCAGCUUCCUCUGCCGGCUCAGUCUGUGAGCACGGUGCUCCAACUGAGGCUGCAACAAAGGAGGACACGAGAACAGCUAGUGGACCAGGGCAUCAUGCCACCUUUGAAGAGUCCGGCAGCAUUCCAUGAGCAGAUAAAAAGCCUGGAACGAGCCAGAACUGAAAACUUUCUGAAGCACAAGAUCAGGAGUCGCCCCGACCGCUCUGAACUGGUCAGGAUGCAUAUUUUAGAAGAAACGUUUGCAGAGCCGUCUCUGCAGGCCACACAGAUGAAGCUGAAGAGAGCUCGACUGGCAGAUGACCUGAACGAGAAGAUUGCACAAAGGCCUGGUCCCAUGGAGCUGGUGGAAAAGAACAUCCUUCCUGUAGACUCCAGUGUCAAGGAAGCAAUUAUAGGUGUGGUGAAGGAAGAAUAUCCGCACACUCAUGGGGAGUUCUCAUUUGAUGAAGAUAGCAGUGAUGCUUUGUCUCCAGACCAGCCAGCAAGCCAGGAGUCUCAGGGCUCAGCAGCGUCCCCCAGUGAGCCAAAAGUCAGUGCCUCACCACCUCCUGUGACUGUAAACACUCCGGCCCAGUUUACCUCAGUGUCCCCAGCAGUUCCUGAAUUCUUGAAAACCCCUCUAACUGCGGACCAGCCUCCCACGAGAUCUACAGCUCCCAUCCUCCCCACGAACACUGUGUCCCCAGCGAAGCCUGGCCCAACGCUGGUGAAGCAAAGCCAUCCUAAGAAUCCAAAUGACAAACACCGUAGCAAAAAAUGCAAAGAUCCAAAACCCCGAGUGAAGAAGCUGAAGUACCACCAGUACAUCCCUCCAAACCAGAGAGGGGAGAAGAGCGAGCCGCAGAUGGACUCCAACUACGCCCGCCUGCUCCAGCAGCAGCAGCUCUUCCUGCAGCUGCAGAUCCUGAGCCAGCAGCAGCAGCAGCAGCAGCAGCAGCACUACAACUACCAGACCAUCCUGCCUGCACCCGUCAAAAAUGACAAGAACAGCAGUGGUAGCACGGCUGUACCUGCGAGGAGGCCAGGACCUCUGCCUUCCAGCUUGGACGACUUAAAGGUGUCAGAGCUGAAGACGGAACUCAAACUGAGGGGUCUGCCAGUAUCGGGCACUAAACCAGACCUCAUUGAACGCCUGAAACCCUACCAAGAAGUGACCAGUAGUGGCCUUGCUGCUGGCAGUAUUGUGGCAGUGUCAUCAGCAGCUAUUGUCACCAGUAACCCAGAGGUGACGGUGGCACUGCCAGUCACAACACUGCAUAAUGCCGUGACUAGCUCUGUGUCCACUUUCAAGGCAGACUUGCCGCCUGCUGGACCCAGCAAUGUGGCCCACGUUGAAAGUGCCCAUUCCCCUCUGCCCAUCUCUCCAUCGCCCUCCGAGCCAUCCAGUCUCAGUACCGAUGACACAAACAUGACAGACACCUUCACUGAGAUCAUGAGCAUGAUGUCCCCUUCCCAGUUCCUGUGUGCCUCCCCCCUGAGGGUGGCAGGCCAUGAGGACAGCCUGAGCCCCACCAGCACCCUGUCAGCCCUAGAACUGGACGCUGCUGAGAAGGACCGCAAGCUUCAGGAGAAGGAGAAGCAGAUUGAAGAGCUAAAGAGGAAACUGGAACAAGAGCAGAAGCUCGUGGAGGUCCUCAAGAUGCAGCUGGAGGUGGAAAAACGGGGGCAGCGGCCGCCAGACCCUCAACCCAGCGGCCCCUCACAGCCCCUCAGUACAUCAGAGCAGACUCACGGCAGUGUUGGGUCCUCUGUCAAGGAUGAGGCCUCACUUCCUGACUGCUCCAGCCCUCAGCAGCCCAUCUCCACAGGUAGCCAGACCCUUGUUGCCAAAAAGGCUGUGGUCAUCAAGCAGGAGGUUCCCAUAGCCCAAGCAGAGCAGCAGAGUGUUGUCUCGCAAUUCUAUGUGAGUUCCCAGGGACAGCCACCUGCCCUUGUUGCUCAGCCGCAGGCCUUGCUGACCACACAGACCACUCAGCUGCUGUUGCCAGUGUCCAUCCAGGGCUCGAAUGUCACAUCAGUGCAACUUCCAGUAGGCAGCCUCCAACUCCAGACUUCAGCACCAGGAGGAGCUCAGACUCAGCCUCAGGUAGCCGCUGCCACACAGAUUCCAGCAGCAGCCUUGGCCCCAGCGCUUCCUCAGAAGCAGGAUGCCUUCCCACAGCAUGUGCUGGGCCAGCCUCAGCCAGUCAGGAAGGUCUUCACAAACUCAGCACCAAACACAGUUCUUCAGUAUCAGAGGCCACCUGGCCCAACGACCCAGCAGCCCUUUGUCAGUAAAAGCUCCAACCCUGUUCUUCAGCCUAGAAGUACCCCACUUGCACCCCUGCAAAACGGCCCUAGCCCUGCCAGCAAGCCUAGCUCACCCUCCCCACCCCAGCAGUUUGUCGUCCAGCACUCCUUGUUUGGGACCCCAGUCACCAAGACAAAAGACCCACCUCGCUAUGAGGAGGCCAUCAAGCAGACACGCAGCGCCCAACCAGCACUUCCAGAGGUUUCCAGUGUGCACAGUCAGCAGAUGGACGACCUCUUUGACAUCCUCAUAAAGAGUGGAGAGAUUUCCUUCCCUAUAAAAGAAGAGCCUUCUCCAAUUUCCAAGAUGAGGCCAGUGACAGCCAACAUCACUACAAUGCCAGUCAACACAGUGGUGUCUCGACCCCCGCCCCAGGUCCAGAUAGCACCACCGGUAUCCUUAGAGCCUAUGAACAGUUUGUCUGCCAGCUUAGAGAACCAGCUAGAAGCCUUCUUGGAUGGAACUUUACCCUCGACCAAUGACGCUGCCCCACUGCAGAGCAGCAGUGAAGAUAGAGAGCCUUUCUCUCUGAUAGAGGACCUCCAGAAUGACUUGCUGAGUCACUCCAGCAUGCUGUACCACUCUCACUCUCCCAUGGAGACCUCGGAGGCCCAGUUUGUGGCAGGGACCCCCUGUCUGUCUCUCGACCUGUCAGACUCCAACCUGGACAACAUGGAGUGGCUAGACAUCACCAUGCCCACCACAUCCUCUGGGCUCACUCCUCUGAGCGCCACUGCACCAAGCAUGUUCUCUGCUGACUUUCUGGACCCACAGGACCUGCCACUCCCGUGGGACUAAAGUCACAGGUCACUUGUUUCAGAGUCGUGAGGUUUCAGAACAUGAAAACAAUCCUGAAGGGUCAGUGCUUAGAGCUAUAGCCAUAGCCGCACUGUUGCAAUUAAAAUAUGUUGUCACAGAAAAAAAGGACGGUCAUAGCCUGGAAGCCAAGUGUGAGAGCACCUCAUGCAUCUAGCAGUGACUCCACAACUACAGAGGCAGGCCUGUUGCAUGCAAGAGACCUUGUGACAUGCCUUAGAGAAAGCCAAAGGUCAGGCGCCAUCCACAGCAAGUGGCACUGGGGCUCUGGUCAUCAGCUACCUUUCAACCUCAGUGGUCACCUCACGACCCCAGUAAGAGGCAAACAGCUCUGCCUGAAAUACAAGGCCACCACAAGGGAGGGGAGAAGGGCGGGAGAAGCCACUGCACAUGUGCUCCCUAGAGUGGCCCAAGCCAGGUCUCCAGCAAGGCCAGAGGCAUUUGAGCAUGCUGUACAACCAGCAGCAGCAGCUUCUAGUCAGAGGCUCUGAGUUCCACUCUGAAAUCUGUGUGGCCCUGUGAUGUCAUAGGUCAUCUUGUGAGUUUGGGAAUCUAAAUGAACAGCCUCUCACCAUAAGCAUGUGUCUGCAAAAUCUGUAACACAAGAGCCCAGUGCACAGUCCAGAUGUGUUGGUAGUGCUGCAGCUUCCCCAGUAGCCUCAGAUGGGUGAAGCUGGUUCCCAUGUGAUGUUAGGCAUUGGAAUGUGCUGACCUUGUGACCUCUGCAGCCUGCAAUAGAGUACAAAGAUGGCCAUCCACUGGUCCUACUUGUUGUAAUAACUCAGAUAUCUCUAGAGUACCUGAGCCACGGUAUCUCCAUCUUUGAAGAUUUGCCUACAGACUCUCAGGUGACCACACCCAUCUCAAAGAACCAAAAAAGGCUUCAGCAUGAAAUUCCUGUCACUAGAUCCUUGGUUCUCUUUGUAUAGGCUUGUAACUGGAUGCCCUGCCUGUUCUCAGUGUAUCCUCAAGCCUAAGCCUAAAAACUGGAGGUUUUAUUUCUUUUUUUUUCUCUUGAUCUAUAAAGGAAAAGUUAUGUUUGUCAAGUAAUUUAAGAGUUUUCUAAAAUGCCAACUGCCACAGGAUUUCCAUAACUCUUGAUCUAGUCCUUUAGUUACUGGCAAAUUGUAAAUAACUGACCAAAGUAUGGGAUUUCUGUUAAAUAAGAGCCUUAUCCUAGUCCCUUCCCACUCCUUUAAUUCUGCAUGUGGGCUUCCUACACAGACCUGUUCCACAGGCAUAUCCAGGAAGUAGCCUGACCCAUUGCCUAGACAGAACCAGAAUCAUUUCUGAGGAGGUUUUGCCCCAAAGUUAUCUUCAAAUCUGUAUUUGUUUAAUCCCACUCUGUCAGAAUGGUCCCUAUUCCUGGCUUUACCCCUCUGAACAGUGCUUCCUCACCUGAAGCUUGGCUUACUGGUAGUUAGGGGCCACCUGGCUUGGGGAGUCCUCUUGUUUAGGAACUGUUCAGUGUUGGGAGACAUCACCAUUCUGAUAACUGGACACUACCGUCUGAGCAAGUUUUUGAGAGCAAUCUCACAUGAUGUACCAAGUUGGUUCUGCUGUACUGCUGCUUGUGUCCAGGCCCCAGAUGUGGACCUGGGAAGGAACUCUUCCCAUGGGAAUUUAGCUGUAGGUUUUGGUAGAGAGGUUUAGUCACCUGUCCAGCUUUGAGUGUCCAAGUAUUGGUGAGCUUGUGGGAGACCGUUAAAUGCUAGCGCAUUUCCUCCUAUAGAAAGAUUUAAUUUCUGUAAUCCUGAGUUGUGAGUAGAGACAGCAUUCUAACCCUCAAGUUCUUGUAUUGCUUUUUAAGUUGCUUUGAAGCCUGUCACAAGAAAGUUGUUCUCCAUAUACAAGUGAGUACAAAGGAAGCCAUCUCCGUUGUUCAUGUACCCAUCCUGUCCAGGCUUCAAUCCAUCAGGGUCCCAUUUCUUAAAAACUAAGGAGCCUCCAGCUCCCAGCUUCACCUGCAACCAACUCACCUACAGCAUUCCUUGCCCUGCUCUGCUGGUUCAAGCAUCCAGUAGGUACUUAUGACACCAGUGACAUGAGAGUUAGGCCUCCCCCACAUGCUCUAGGUGAGAGUGGCCAUCUUUCCCAUGUGCUCACAUAAACGUGUCAUGACCAGAGACCAUUCGGCAAAAAGGCCUCUUGACCCAGCUCCAGCCCUCAGUGAGUGUGUCAGAAAAGGUGUGUGUUAGGCCAGCAAGAUUACUCAGCAGGCCGUGGUGGGGCAACAGGCCUGAGGAGCUGAGCUUGAGCCCCAGAAUCCAUGUAAUAGAACAGAACUGACUCCCACAGUUGUCCUCUCACCUCCCCACACAGACCCAUCUGCAAAUGGGUGUGAAGUUAUUUCCCAGCCACUAAAGCACAGGUCAGCGAGCCCAUCAAUUCCCACUGCAUGUACAUGUGCAGUAGGCAGGCUUCUGUUUGUACCAUGUUUCCAAGGAAAUCUCUCCUAGAAGCCUGUACUAUCUGACUCCAGCUUCGCUUUUCCACAUAUCCCCAAGUGAACGGUAUCAACUUGACUUUGUAAGGUACAGCUUUCCAGUCAUCCCCUGGGGUGGGAUGAAUAGGAAGAAUUGCCCUCCAGCUUCUAGAAAGCUGAUGUGGCUUGGCCUCUCUAGGAAAUCAGCACUCAUUCAGGCAUCCUCCUCAGGUGUGCGGUCAACACACCACAGAGAUGCUCUGAAUUCAUGGAACUUUUUGCUCAAAUACCUAUGUGUUUGUUUCACACAUAUAUUUCCUAAGACUUUACUAAAAUCUUCUUUCAAAAGCUCCAUGGCUCCCUGACCACAUGCUGUGUGUGCCUUGCUGGUCUGAACACUCCAUAAAGCCAGGUGGGCUCUGCAGAGUCAGGGACAUGGGGCAGUGCUAUUGGCCCACGCACACAGUCAGCUGACCCAGAGCAGGUGAGAGCAGUGUCCACCUUGUCAGCAGAGUGGACUCAAACCACCCGAGCCCAGUUAUUCCAGGUAAUUUUCCUAGCAGUGACACCUGAGGAGACAGCUGUCCCUCAAGUUAGAGGGCAGCCCCUUUACUGUCCUCAAGCAGACCUGCCCAGAGAAGUGGCCAAGAAGACCCUACGUCACAUCGACACCCUUAGCUGUUCCCACAGUGGCCAGUCUCAGAAGCUGCCGCUGGUAGGAGGCUGGGGACUUGGGUACCACCAAGACUGCAGAGAAAGCUGAGAGUAGCUGUUACAUUCUACCAUCAGAGCAACUGGGUCUGGACUGGCAAACUCAACAUCCACGCUUGCUUCUAUCCAUCACAACACACAACACUGGGCACAAGGCCUGCCCCAGAGGACAGUUAGCCCCAGGUUACCCCAGCACACUAACUGAAAAGCCAGGGUUGCUAGGAAACACUGGCCAUGCUCACUGGAGGUGUAUUUGGAAUACUAAAAGCUCAGCUCGUUGUAAAGAGUUCUGUCAAAACUGGAAACUAGCAGUUCAGAUAUAGUCCUUUUGUUUCCUGGUUCAGACCUUCAGUGGCUUGUUCACUCAUCAGUCUCUGGGCUCCGUUUUCUAUUUGACUGGGUGGCAGUGAGAAGGUCAUUUUUCAGCUGCUCACCCUCUCACAGAACCUGAGAAGAUGUGUCCCUGUGUCGUUUAAGGCAUGUGAUAGAAGAAGCUGCACAUGUUCACAAGCUUUCUCUCCACUCAAGCCCUGGGGAGUGGGCUGUCACAGGCUUGUGACAGUAGCUUGACAAUCUCAUGUACUAGGUGCUGUCUGGAAGCCCAGUAUGACAUGUCAUCAGAGACAUCAGCAGUGACACAAAGCUUUAUGCCAACACCCUAGACAAAGCUUAGCAAUUGGAUAGGCUUGCUGGAAGAUGGCCCAGUCGUGUCACUUCUACAUCCUGCUGGGAGGACCCUACCCACCAACAGGAGAUGACGGUUUAGGCAAGGGUUCAGUAUCCACCAAAAGUACUUGACCUCAAGAAACCAAUAAUAAUGCAAAAUGCUUAAAGGAACCAAAGGCAUCGCCAGGUAUUUGCCAAAAGCAGCCACUUUUUAUUUAAAAAUUGAGACUAAUCUCAAGUCAGUCCCAAAAAGGUAUCCAUUUAAGGUUAUAAUUUUCACAGAGAUGUAGAUAUUUCUUUCUUGUUUUCCUGUAAAAUAGUAUAGAGCUGUUUUGUUGGUUUAAGAAUAACAUACUUGGUAGUAAUGUAAAGUUGUUUUCUUCUGUGUCGAGGUUAAUUCUCCGUUGCUUGCAAUGGACAUGCAGGUGUUUCUCUUCAUCUUCACAUAAUGUCUUAGCAUCUCACUUCCUGAAGAAAAGGGGAAUACACCAGGGGGCAGCGCCAUUCUUACUGAAGCACUAGUUUCAUGAACAGGAAAUCAUGGCAAUCGGGGGUCCAUUCGUGUGUUGCCUUUAUGUUGUUUUUAAAAGAAAAACCAUGAUGCCUUUGUAUGUGCUGUUUGCACCCCUGACUCGAUUCUGUACUGUGUCUGAAUGCCAUAUGUUUGCACAUGUACUGUACAUAGGCGAUGCAGACUGUAUUUUUAUAUGUGUGUGCAUUUAUCAUCAGAUCUUUUUGUACAUAGUGGCAGUAUUGUAGCUGAUCGGGAAAUGUUUGAUAUCUCAGCGAUUUUGCAUUUUUGUGUCUCAAAUAAAAAUUUUUGAUGUACCAUGA